UGUUCCCAGUUGCGAUGAAUUCUCAUCCACAUCUCAAAUUCACAAAACCCUCGAGAAACUCCUUCUCUCAUCAUCGGAAUCGGAGAGUUCCAACGGAAAAUAAUGUCAGGCGGAAUGAGCGACGGCGACGGAGAAUCAAAGUCCUCCCCAAACAAACGCCUCAAAACCGAAGAAGCAUCGGAGAAGGUCGACGGUGGCGGAGUCGAUGAUAACCAGGGUGUAUGGUGCGGGAUCUGCUACGCGGAGCGCGGCGCACCGGUCGCCGGAGAAAUCGACUGCUGCAGCCAUUACUUUUGCUUCGCAUGCAUCAUGGAGUGGUCCAAGCACGAGUCCCGAUGCCCGAUCUGCCGCCGGAGAUUCUCCAACGUUCGCAGGCUCCCCAAGCAUGGCAUCUUCUCUUCUUCUCGGGACAUUAAGGUCCCUCUCCGUGAUCAGGUUUAUCAUCCUUAUGGGAAUAUGAGCACCGGUCCUACUCACUCUCAUACUGAGGCCAACUGCGUUGUCUGUCAUGGUGUGGCAGAUGAACAUCUUCUGCUAAUUUGUGAUCUUUGCGAUGCUUCUUCUCAUACCUACUGUGUUGGCCUUGGCUACACUGUCCCUGAAGGCGAUUGGUUUUGUUAUGACUGUGCUAUUGCCAGGGAGACCAAUGAGCAGGAAGACUUAGAGCUACAAAAUGUCGAGCAAAGUGGGGCGAUAAGUGCAAUACCAUGUCCUUUACAACAAAGCCAAUCCCCUCCUCCUCCUAGUAUUCCAUCAGCUGAUAGGUUAAGUAGAUACAGGGGAAAGAGGCCUCUGUCAAAUGCCCAGCAGGUGCAGCGUAACAUACAAGCGCUCCGUGAUAAUUGGAAUGCACUGAGAAGUGGUUCCAUGAAGUUCGGUUCUGGUUCCAUUCAAACCAGUGGCAUAGGUGGUUGUCAUAAUCGAGAUUCUGGUUCUGCUUCAUGUGGCAGACCCGACAAACAGCAUUCUAAUUCUAUGGGUUUGGGAAGCCUAGGUUCCAGUUCUGGUUCUGUUUCACGCAGCAGAUCAGAUGAACAACAUUCUAAUUCUAUGGUUUUGGCAAACAGGUGUUCUGGUUCCGUUUUGCAUGGCAGAUCAGACGAACAGCAUUUUGAUUGUAUGGCUUCGCCAAGAAUUCAGCACUCGAGUGUCCAAGAUGGUUCAUCUAGAGGCAUAAUGAAUGAGAGGGGGAUGAAAGAUGUUGAGAAGGCUUGGAAAAUGAUGGAGAAGGCAAAGAAGAUGCAAGGGACUCGUCAAAGAACCAACAGAAAAUAGAGCAUUCUACAGGGAGUGAGAUUGGAUCAUCCCUUUGGCAGCAUCAGAAAACUUAUCAACUGCACAUUGUAAUCACAAUAAUUGAAGAAUUGAUAGUUUAGAAGUUUCUGCUGGGAACAGGCCUUAUUUUUUGGCAGCAUCCCGAGGCAAGUUACGUAGAAUCAAACUGCUAAAGGAAGUGUAAAAUGCAAAUAGUGGUAAAUGAUGAAAUUAUUGGAAAAUAAUUAGAUAGACAUUGCUGCAAGACCUCGACCAUUUGUACUGAUCGUGUAUUAGAAUGGGUUUAGAAUAGUCAAAUUAAAAAAAUAAGGAUAAAUCUUA